AUGGGAAUCAAAUCUAGCAAAGUAAAUAAAAUUGAUCUACUGAGAUCCAACUUCAACAGUGCUGCAUCGAAGUACAUGCAAAAGAAAUAUCAAAAUCUGUCCCGGGAAGAAGGCCAAUUUACAAAGGAACAAAACCCGAUAAAGGCAGCUAGUGCCACUCGCAUUGCCGACACCACACACACACACACACACAGGAAAUUUAAACACUCACCCCACCUCUCCCUUCCCUUAAGAAGCAAACGACGCCAAGAUCUGCACCGCGGUGGCCGGAACCAGCAAAUGCUAACAGCCGGAGGCCGCCCGCCUCCAGGGCUCCUACAGGCGGCGGACACCGGGCGCCGACUGUCCCUCCCCGACCAGCCCCACACCGGAGUCCACCCCAGCCCCGCAGCCCGAGAAGCGAAGACAGCCGCGGACGACCAAAGCUCCCGGGCGAGCUGCGGCGCCGCUCCGGCCGCCUCCCGGGGCGCGGCGCUCCUCCACACCCAGCCGACGCCCGCACCUGAGGCGGCUGCCCGCAGCCGGCGAGAGGGCGCGCAGCGAGGCGGGCAGGGCAAAGUUACUCACUGGGAAAACGCGGCUGCCCGGGCCGCGCACGGGUUCCUGGCGCCGCUGCCCGGCACCAGCUCCCGCUCUCCGCGGCCCGCUGAGGGAGCGGAGAGCCUGCCCGGCUCCGCUCCGCCGAGAAUUGCCGCCGCCGCCACCGCGGAUUUCCUGGCAAGAAGCAAACUCCAGCCGAGACUUCACUUCUCAACCGCCCCUGCUGCCUUCCCGGGGGCCAGCGCUAAGGCCGAGCGGCCCAACCCGCAGCCAGACCAAUCGGAGUUGAGAAUGCAACUGCAAGGUCCCCGGUGAGACAAAUACCGCCUUCAACCCUCGUAUUCUGUCGUGACUUAUCUUGCACGUGACUCCCUCCCUCUUCAAGGUGUGUUGACAGACUAGAGCCUAAGCCUGUCGUCCC